CAAUGAUACACUCACAUACUGACACUGUACAUACAGUACACACACACACACACACACACACACACACACACACACACACACACACACACACACACACACACUAGUAACAUACACCCAUAUACACACACAUACACUGGUGAAACACAAUGAUAUAAGUACACAGUGACACACACAUGCAUUGAAGCAGCAAUACACUCUCCCCCCCUGUGUGCACCUUGUCCCUGCGGCAGCGGCUGGGGGAGGGGUGUCUGCAGAGUGUCACACAAUGGCCGGGUACAGGGUGAGAGCUGCGGAGUUGGGGGACUGCCAGGAGAUUAUGCGGAUGAUACAGGAGCUGGCUGACUACGAGAAGUUACCGGAUCAGGUGAAGAUUACAGCACAAGAUCUCCUACGUGACGGCUUCGGGGAGACAGCACCCCUCUUUCGUUGUCUGGUGGCAGAAUGUGAAGAUGAGGACAGGAUGGCGGCCGGUCCUCAGCUAGCGGGAUACGCUCUGACGUACUUUAUCUAUAGCACCUGGGAGGGGCGGUCGCUAUAUCUGGAGGAUCUAUACGUCACGCCACAGUAUAGAGGUAAAGGGAUCGGGUCCAAGCUGAUGUCUGCUGUCGCUGAGUCCUGUCUGUCUCUGGGGUGUGCCCGUCUGCAGUUGUCCGUCCUGGAUUGGAACCAAACAGCCAUCUCCUUCUAUAAAUCCAGGGGUGCCCGCGACCUGUCGCAGGAGGAAGGCUGGCACGUGUUCAGGUUUCUCCCCGAUGACCUUCGACGGAUGACUUCCAAAAGCUCAGUUCCCAACUGACUCCAGCUGGCCACCCAGUCCAUGCACCUCUGUCAGGUCCUUCUCCGAUUGUCAACCGCUGGUGUAGAUCAUGACCUCCGAUCCUCUUUGAGUUCCCGAAAACUGUACAUACCGUAUAUAGGGCUACAUAUCUAUUGAGUAAUGUAGAUUGCAAUAAAUUAUUAGAUUUCAACUUUUUAGUUAGACUGUUUUGGUGUAAUUUCCAUGAAAAGUCUGACAAAAUGCAGAAAGUGUCCAAACCAACACAAUAAAAUCUUCUGCGUUAUUGCAAA